UCUCUUGUUUAUUUAUAUGCAAGUACCAAACUUUCAUGAGGAAUAUUUACACUACUUUGUUGGUUUAUGUAGAAUCUCAGAUUUUCACCUUCGGGAAAGCUGCUUAAUUUGUCGAAAAUCUGAAACAGUGAUUAGUGAGUAGAUUAUUGGAGUAGAGACAGUAUGUUGAAUGCAAAAGAACUUGCUUAGCUUUCAUAGAUUUAGUGAUCAAGUCAGGAGAACAAGUGUCAUUUGAAUUUGAUAGUUGUAUCGUAAUGGCGGAGUUAGUUCCAAUUGGGACUAUUUUGGCUGUGAUUAGUAGUCAAGUAAUGAAAACUGCUCAAGCUGCGAAUGAUGUAGUAUUUGAGAAGGAGAGUUUUAAGGUUCUUGGGAACUAUCUUUUGGACAUUGAGCCUGUCUUGAAAGAAUUGCAGCUGCAGAAGUUAAACGAUUCCCCGGCUGCAAGGCAAGCUUUGGAAUCCAUUGAAGCUGACUUAAAGAAGGCUAAUGACUUGGUUGAGAAGUAUAAGAACCGAGCCCGUUUCUACUUGCUGGUCAAGUGUAGGAGCAUUGUUAAGGAGGUACAGGAAGUCACUAGGGACAUUGGAAAAUCUUUGGCCGCGUUAUCCCUUGUCAACAUGGAAGUUUUGUCAGGGAUUUCAGAAGAGGUAAAUAGGCUGCAGAAUGAAAUGCAAAGAGCUAACUUUGAGGCAUCUCAGUCGCGUCUCCAAAUUGUUAACAAGUUAAACCAAGGUCUAUCGGAUCAGAUACAUGACCAAGAAUUUGCUAACAAUAUUCUUAAAGAAAUAGCAAGGGCUGCUGGGGUGCCAGUGGAGCCAGCAGAGAUAACGAAAGAGCUAGACAAUUUCAAAAAAGAGAAAGAAGAAGCUGCUUACCGGAAAGAGAGAGCUGAAGUCUUGUUUUUGAAUCAAGUCAUUGAGCUGCUCUCACGAGCCGAUGCUGCAAGAAAUUAUGAGGAAGUCAAAAGCCAAUAUUUCCAGAGAGUUAGCAUUAUAGAGGGAUAUGAUCCUAGAGAAGAAUACAUUCAGCCAUUUAAAGCUUUUAUUUGUUGUAUAACAGGAAUUAUAAUGGUAGAUCCUGUAAGCCUAUGUACCGGUACUGCCUGUGAGAGAGCUUCUAUCCAAGCUUGGUUUGACUCGGGGGAGAAAAUUGAUCCGGAAACAGGUGAAGAGCUGCAGGAUUUGUCGAUCAGGCCAAACCUCCAAUUGAGACAACUAAUCCAGGAGUGGAAAGAGCUCAACUAUUGCAUCAUAAUCAGGGCUUGCAAGGGGAAAUUUCUUUCUGGAGUGGAUGCAUCAAUUGAGGAGGCUCUUGCACAAAUGCAAGAACUAAUGAAAGCAAAUUCGAUAAAUAAAGAAUGGGUGACAAUCGGGGGACUCACUGAAGUUGUCAUCUCCAAGCUUGGCAUGUUGCGUAACGGAUAUCUGCAAGAUAAAGUGAUGAUUACGUUAAAGGACGUCGUAGAUGGUCAUGCUAGAAACAAGGACGUAUUCGUUGAGAACCAGGGGUUUGAGAAUGUUGUAGCAUGCUUCGGAAAAAACUAUGCCACUUCAACCGCUGCAAUUGAGCUGAUAUAUGAGGUUCUCCAAGAUCAGUCUAGUUGGAACUUGCCUUAUUGCCAGAAGCUUUCUCAGCAGUCCAAUUCAAUCUUGCUUCUCGUCUCCUUUGUCAAAAAUCAGGCCAGUCCAUCAGCUGAAAAAGCAGAACAAAUCCUGGCUAAGCUUUGUGAUGAGGAAGAGGAGAACAUUGUUAAGGCUGCUCGAGAGGGAUGGUAUGGACCACUUAUCGAUACGUUACACCAUGGAUCAGCAUCUUCAAGAAUGUCAAUUGUUAGAGCAAUUCUCGGUUUGGAACUCAGGGAUGAAGAUAUGAAGCUUCUCGGGGAGAAAGGGUUUAUUCUUCCUCUGCUUGAGAUGACAUCUGGAAAUAUUGAAUCAAAAGAACUUUCAUUAUCUGCACUUGUGAAGCUAUCAAGCUUUUAUGACAAUAAGAUGCUUAUAGCUGCAGCUGGAGGGGUUGCUAUCGUUUUAAAGCUAAUGAUUUCAUCCCAUGUACGUUCAAUUAUCAUCGCUAAGUGCUGUGAAGUUCUAGCUAAUCUAUCUGCCAAUGGUGAUGGAGUUAAGUUCUUGAUCGAUGAAACUGGAAACCAACUUGUACUAGAGCCUGUAAUCGCGUACUUGCUGGCUUUUCAACAGAAUCUUACAUCCUCCUCGGACCCUGUUCGUAGGCAUGCUUUACGUGCACUAUUAGGAAUCUGUCAAUCUCAAGCUGGACUUGUCAAAUCAGCAGUUCUCUCUGCCGGUGGUGUUUCAGCUGUCCUUCCCCUUCUUGAUGAUCCGAACCAGGAAAUACGAGAAGCAGCAAUCAAUCUUCUUUUCCUCUUCUCACAGCACGAGCCAGAGGGUGUCGUUGAGUAUCUUCUUAAGCCAAGAAGAUUGGAAGCUUUAGUUGGUUUUCUUGAAAAUGAUAGCAAAGGUGAUGUACAGAUGGCUGCAGCCGGUUUACUAGCCAACCUUCCUAAAUCGGAAACUUCACUCAGAGAGAAACUCAUAGAAUUAGGUGGCCUAAAGGCAAUCAUUAACAUCUUGAAAUCCGGUACCAUGGAGGCUAAGGAAAAUGCUCUUAGUGCCUUCUUCAGGUUCACAGAUCCAACAAAUCUCGAGUCUCAACGCAACGUGGUUGAACUUGGAGCAUAUCCUAUACUGGUAAGCUUUCUCAAAGCUGAUUCAAUAACUGCACAAGCAAGAGCAGCUGCACUAUUAACGGAUCUAUCAAUGCGCAGUCAUGAACUCAGUGCAUUAUCCAGGAAAGCUUCUUGUUUCUGUAUUGGACGAGCACGUGCUCCUAUCUGUCCUGCCCACGGGGGUGCCUGCAGCGUGAGCAAAACAUUCUGUCUAUUGGAGGUAAAUGCAUUGCCUGAUUUGGUUAAACUCUUAAAAGAAAAGAUACAUGCCACGUCUUAUGAGGCGAUUCAAACACUCUCAACUCUGGUCUGUGAAGAAUCGCCUCAUAGAGGAGCCAAUGUGCUGCACAAGGAGGAUGCAAUAUCACCAAUCAUAGAAGUUCUAAACUGGGGAUCAGAAUCUUUAAAGGGAGAAGCUUUAGGGGUCCUGGAAAAAGUGUUUAUGUCAAGGGAAAUGGUGGAUCUCUAUGGACUAACAGCUAAGUUACAUCUCGCGCGUUUAACAGGAGGUAGAAUUUAUGAAGAUGGACAUCUCCAAAGGAAAGCUGCUAGAGUCUUGUUACUUAUCGAACGUCAAACUAGAUCAUCCAGAUCUCUCAUUGCAGGAAUAUCCGGUUAAGAAAAGCGUUGUCUAAAGUCGAAAAGCAUGGCCUUUGAUCUAAAGGCCACACUUUUAUGGUGUUGUUUUUAAAGGCCAAAUGUGUUUUAGUGAAAUUUCAUGAUAUGUUACUAUGUUCUUGUGUUGUAUGUAUCUUGAUCUUCAUUAUAACAUAAUU